AUGCAAUCCAAGUUUUGGGCCAAGGGCGCGGACGACGACAGUGGGGACAACAUUACUGAAUCCUCUGAUGAUGAAGUUGAUGACAAGAAGCCCCUAGUAUCCGCGCAGGCGGAACGCUGGGCAGCCAUUGACAGCAGCAGCUCGGAGGAGGAAGAAAGAGUAAUAAAAAGCUAUGAAGGAAAGAGAAUAGAUUUCUACAAGAAUAUUGGGAGCAGUUUAAAUGAGUGCAUGCAAAGUAGUGACUUCAAUCAGCUGCUAAAGGAUUAUGAGAACGUGUACAAGUUUAUGGUUAAGGAAAGUUCUGAACGAAUUCCAAAUUUUGCCAUUGUGUACUUGGAUAAACUUUCUAAAUAUGUUGAGACCACAUUUCAAAACAAUGUAGAGAAGAAGGACCUGAGUAAGAGCAAAGCACAGACUCUGAACAAAUUAAAAGCAAAGAUCAGAAAAUGCAGUGCGUAUUAUCAGAGUAAACUAGAUAUGUAUCAUGAGAAUCCGGAAGAAUUUAAGGCAGCCAUGCAGAACGAGGAAGAAGACGAAGACGAGGAUGAGGAGGCGGACGAUGAUGAGGAGGAGGAUGAAGAGGAAGAGGACGACGCAGAAGACGGGGGAAAAAAGAAAGAAAAGGCAAAGGAGGAGAAGACCCCUGGGGAGGACGACAGCGAUGAUUGGUCAAAUAGCGAAGAGGAAGAAUAUGUAUCGGAUGACGCAGAUGAUAAAACAAAAAGUGCUAUGAGUAAAUGGGGAUUGAAAACAAGUGAAAAGGUGGAGAAAAAAAAAACACUAAAAACCAAAGUGAAAAAGGAAGGAACGAAAAAGGAAGAAAAGGUGGUAACACAUGUAGACGAAACUCAGUCUGCGAAGAAUAAAGCAUAUGCAGAAUUGUUAAGCACGAAAAAUCUGUCAGAAGAAGUCAUACGAAAUAGAGUAAAAUUUGUCAUUGAAAAAAGAGGAAGGAAAGGAUUAGACAAACAUGAACAUAUUAAUAUUUUGUCCAAGUUAUCUGAGCUAGCCAAAACAGUAAGCACACAGUCAUAUAUAGAAGUACUGGAACAGUUGAUUAACCUCGAAUUUGAUGUGGUCUCAAGUGUGUAUACCUAUAUGUCCUUCAACAUUUGGAACAAGGCUUUUAAGUACAUUGAACUUAUAUUAGAUUUGCUAAUUCAAAAUGACAACUUUUAUUUAGUGUCCAUCAACAUCACAGAAGAAAUUACUGAAGAGGUUAUAAACGAAAAGGAGAAAAUUUCCCGAUCUUGUAAAACGCUCAUUUCGUUUUUGGCCAAAUUGGAUGAUGAGUUGUUGAAGGCCCUUGUAUAUAUAGAUGCCCAGACAGAGGAAUACAGGAGAAGGUUGGGAAAAACUGUACAUAUGAUUGGCUUGCUUUACAAAGGGUAUAAUUACGUGAAGUUUAGUAAGAAAAUGCCUGACCUCGCAAUAUUCAUUUCGACCAGAAUUCUUGAACACAUGUAUUACAAACCAGAAGCCUUGUUCAUGCAAAUAUGGAAUUUUGUUACGAAAGGACAGGAUAACAAAUCCCUGUCGGUGGAUGCGGAGGGAACCACCGGAGAAAUGAAGGCAGAUCAGCAUGCGCAAACGAAUGGAGACUGCGAUAAGCAGCUGAACGGGGAUGCCUCAAAUGAUGCAGCGAAAAUGCCCGCAAAAUCAAACGACAAAAUGUCACCAAAAUAUAUCGUGGAAAAAUAUGUGUACGAAAUAUUCGAACAUGGAACGAAGCAGCAGAAGAUUAAAGCACUGCUGCAGUUGUCCUUCCACAGAAGUUUGCAUGAUGAAUUUUUAGAAGCAAAGGAAUUAUUAAAUGUUUCUAAUGUACACGAACUGGCGCUAAGUUCAGAUAUGCAGACGCAGAUUUUGUACAAUCGAAAUUUGAUUCAGUUAGGAUUAUGUGCCUUUAGACAUGGGAAAAUAUUUGAAGCCCACUGCUGCCUAGGGGAAAUAUGCUCCCAAAAUAAACACCGAGAAUUAAUCGCCCAGGGAGUAUCAAACUUAAAGAAUCAGGAAAAAACUCUAGAACAGGAAAGAGCAGAAAAGAGAAGACUCCUGUCCUUCCAUAUGCAUAUCUCCAUUGAGCUAAUCGAAUGCGUAAAUAACAUUUGUGCAAUGCUUUUGGAAGUACCCAAUCUAGCAAGACACACAUUUGAAUCCAAGAAGGAUAUCAUUUCGAGACAGUUCAGAAGAUUCCUAGAUAUAUAUGACAAGCAAGUUUUUAAUAGCCCUCCAGAAAAUAAUAAAGAAAUUAUUUUACUAGCCACCAAAUAUUUGCAAAAAGGAAAUUGGAAAAUGUGUUGUGAAAAAAUAUUUAGCUUAUCCAUUUGGUCCAAAUUUAAUGAUAGAGAAAAGGUACAGAAUAUUUUACAAGAAAAAAUAAAACAGGAGGCCAUGAGGACUUACAUAUUUAGAUACAUUUCCAUUUAUGACUCUUUUUCUGUGGACCAAUUAUGCAUCAUGUUUGACCUUAAUCAGAAUGUUGUGCAUUCCAUUUUGAGCAAAAUGAUGAUUAACCAUGAGAUUCCUGCAUGCUGGAAUGAAAGCAGCAGCCAUAUUCUCAUCAACAAGGUGAACCCAACGGCUCUCCAGACCGUCGCCAUCAAGUUGGCAGAAAAUAUCAACGAGAUUAUGGAGCAGAACGAGCUGACCCUCAACAUGCGGAACCCAAAGUUUAUGUUCAUGCAGGAGAAACGCACGCAAAUGAAGGACGAGAAGUCCAACUGGUCACACAAGAAGGGAGACGGAAAGUAUGGAAAGGGUUACCACCAGCACAAAAACGCGCACUACAAGAAGAACUACAAGGAAAAAAGCAUGCCAAAAGGCUUUGCUUAA